AUGUUUCUAAUAUUGCCAUCACCGCAACCUUGUUUCUGUUCCCAUUGCUCUAUGCCCAUUGGAAUUAGCAGGCCAGCGCCACCACGGUAUCACAGUCCGCAGCCGGUGGUCAUGGCAAACCCACAGAUGUGGCGGUAA